AUGAUGUUGACCAGUCUGGCGUCAAGGGUGGCAAAGGCCAGUGAGAGCUCCUCCAAGGCAGUUCCACGGGACGAGGUCUCACUGCUGCGGCUCACGAUCCAGAACACGGAGGAUCAGCAGCUGAAGAGGGCGCUCCAGGCGAGAGUCGACCAGCUGUCCCCGCCGACAGCAGGCGCUUCGAUGGACGCGUCGCAUGCGGCUGCUGAAGCUGUGCGACGUGCUGCCAGUGCGUGCAAGGAUGCAGACCACAAGCACUCCCAGGCGGUGGACAACGUGGUCGGGCUCCAGCAAGCGCUCACCGCAGCGCAGGCAGCGCGGGCCAAGACGCAGGCGACGGCAGCCGUGGCGGCAGCCGAGGGCCUUGCGCUGGCGGCGGCCGCAGGCGCGCCAGGUUCUGCCUCGCCCAAGUUCGAGCUGAAGGUGGACACCAACAUCUUCGAGGACCUGGACGACCUCGAGUGCGAGAAGGCCGAGCGCACUGACAUGCGCAAGCUGCAGUCGGGCCUAACGGCGCUGCCAGCACUCCUCAGCGCGAAGGAGACCGAGGUGGACAACGUGCUGUCCAAGGCCGCGGAGGUGCGCGCGGCGGUGCAGAACAAGAUGGCCAAGAAGCGUAGAGUUGUCGAGGGUCAGGCUGGCAGCGACGAGGCAUCGGCCCCCGCCACGGCGCCACCAGCGGCGCCCACCAGCGGUGGAGCAGAUGCCUCGAACGACAACGAUGGCGUGAGCCAGGCCGUCGACACCGAGGAUGACGAGGAGCCUCGCGAGGCCGCCGAGAAGCUGACGGAGGCCAAGCGCGAGGCUCAGGAGAAGCUGCUCGAGGAGCGGAAGCAGAACGCGGCGCAGCCCAUCGGCAAGGGCAAGGGCUCGCAGCCAUCCACCAGAGGCAAGGGCGAGCCUGGGGCUGGAA